UGGGUCUGGGUGCCAGGCUGGAUUUUAAACGUCGCAGCAGUUUCAGGAAAUACGCUUGUUAUUUAUCUCAUCGCCACCGACCGACGUCUCCAAACACAAGUAAAUCUUUUUAUCAUGUCCCUGGCUAUUGCUGAUUUCUGCUUUGGCCUAACUUAUUUCCCAACAUUUUUCACUUGCGAAUUUUACCUGCCAUGUGAUCGAGAACUCCGACGGAUCUUCGCCGCUUACUUCGCUUUCGCUUCGUUGACUAACUUGUGCGUCAUGACUGUUGACCGUUACGUUGCCAUAGUGAUGCCCUUUAAGUAUGUUUCUAUCAUGACGUCACAAUGCAUCGUUACUAUGGUAAUCCUCAGCUGGCUUUUUCCCGCAGUGUUCCAUUUUCUUAUUGCUGUCAUUCUAAAACAGAUUGCUUCAAAAGAUAUAUUCAUUACUUUUAAAAUUUCAAGGGUGUUCGUGUCUCGGCUAAUACAGUGUAUGUUACUGCUUCUUACCACUAUGCAGAUGUUAUACAUCGCAUAUAAACACACCAAAAUGAUGGCGACCCUUGCCUUUCAUCAGUUACAGUUUAAUCAUCCGAUGAUUCUCAAGAAACGUAAACAAGGAGUAGAAAUUUCCUCUGCGCAGUUUAUGGGGGUCGUAGUAUUUGUUACGGUAAUA